AUGUCGCUUCGGCGUUUGUUUUGUGAUGGCGUCCCUGGAAUGCGAUUUGCUUUGUCCACAGAGUGCACGCCCGUUGCUCGUUUCCAGCAGCGGUGUCUGGGAUCACAAAGGCGCACAGCGGACGGUGUCCCUGGCUCUCGGAAGCUGGAAGCAGACGAUGGUGAGCAACCCGCCUAUACAGAUGCAAAGGCAAGCCCAUUGGCGCCUUUCCGCGGUGUGCGGCGCGAACAAGAGAUUGCGGCGAAAAGAGUUUAUCGUGACACGGUUUCACCCUCACCGCUGCAUUCCUCCGGGAAGACUGUCAUCACGGAUGCGGCCUCCAGUUGUGAGGGUGGCGCCACUGGCGGGCAUCGUGUGGGUGGAGACGCUCAGGUAUCCACGACAAGUAACCGCUUUCUUCAGAAGCUGUCAGAGCUGGAAAGGUCUGCUGCACUCACUGGUGCGAGUACUGGCAGGUUCUCUCAAGUGUAUAGACGCGGGCGUGAGGAGAAGGUUCUUAAUGAGCGGAAGCGCAUGCUUGUCUUCAGAGACGUUGGAAUGGACCUGGACAAGCCCAUCCUGUCACGCGAUGUGUUUCUUGUAUUCAAGUACUUCCGGUACGGCAUUGAGUUUGCUGUGGACAACGAACUGGAGCGCAUGCUACGCUACUUCAACGAACAUGCGCUGAACGAGCUCAAAAUCAUACAAAACAGCAAGCUUAUGCGCGGCCCUGCGGUGCUCAGCCGGAAAAGGUGUCACCCAGUGUAUGGGGGCGUGGCGUCUCAGAUGUCGUCGGUGUUCCCUUCCCUGAGGGUGGCCAAUGUGCGUCAGUUCUGCGGUUACACAAGAGAGACAGAGCAAAGGGUAGCUGAGCUCAUGAAACCCGGCUCACUCUGUGCCUCUUUUUGCCGGGCGAAGGAAGACACCAUGGCGAGGUCUUGGUCACGAGGACGUUAUUUUUGCGAGCAGGACCCUUCACAAAUGACGUCUUUUUCUCCUUCAGCCUUUCGGCGCCCCAUGGUCGUGAUUUACACUCAGUUGGGACAGAAGCUCGGUGCGCAGGCGGACUUGGAAUGGCGCCGUCUGGCAUACGCGACCAUCCACCCCUCGCUGCUGCAGUGCCUUCCGAUAGCCGAUGCGGCGGGCGAGGGACACGUCCAGUCUUCAUGCGAGCAGCACAAAGGAGGGCUCCGUAAUCGUUCGAAGGAGGCAUCAGUCAACGGGAGAGAGCACAUCAUGCCACUCGAUGUUGUUUCGCUGCGUAGCAUGGACGUAUACAAGUAUCGCUGGGUGCAGCGUUUGUGUGUACGCCGGUUUGCCCGGUCACUCGUUCCUCCUGCUUAUUCCGUGGAUCACACGGUGAGUGAGGCUGCGGUAAAUGGGCUGAUAACGGCCUCCACCACAUUUGUCGGGUGCAAGUUGCUUCAGCCUUUCUACUCUGUGUUGGGCCUGCGUAACUACCUAUCUCCCCAUGUCAUGCUUGUGGACCACGAAGGGGUGAUUCGCUGGUUGGCGGCGGGUUGCCCCGACGACUACGAACGGGAGCACUUUCCUGCGUUGAUAAAACAACUUGGCGAUGAAUACAACCGCGCGAGAACUCACUGA